AUGUCCCACGACGAUCUCGAUCUCCGUUGGAUUAUAGCUGAUACCAGGUUACUUGUACAAAAUUUGUUUCGGAAUGUUGAACAAACUAGAAACGGUAUUCGUGGAAGGAGAGGAGGAGCACCACCAGCUGCUAAAUCAGCGAUGGAGGCCGUAGAGACUUUCGAGGUUGCUUCUUCUUCGCAAGGAGAUUGUGCUGUGUGUACAGAUGCAAUGGUGAUGGGUGAAAUCGGUAAGAAGCUUCCAUGUGGACACUGUUACCAUGAGAGUUGUAUUCUGCCAUGGUUAAGAACAAGAAACUCUUGUCCUCUUUGUAGAUUCCAGCUUCAGACUGAUGAUGCCGAGUAUGAGAGCAAGAGACGAAGAGAAUAA